UGCGAUGUGGGCGGUUGCUUUCCAACUUAUGGAGAUUUGAUGAUUGGCAGACAGCAUAGAUUAUCGGCAAGUUCGACAUGUGGCCUGCAGAAGGUUGAGACUUACUGCAUAUUCAGCGGUCUCGACAGAACCGUCAACCGAAAUAAAUGCUUCCUCUGCGACUCCAGAAAUCCUAACAAUCCGAGGAGUCACCGGGUGGAGAACAUCAUUUCUCGUUAUAGAAAGGACUGGGAAUCAAGAUGGUGGCAGUCGGAGAAUGGAGUGCACAACGUUUCCUUGCAGUUAGAUCUUGAAGCCGAGUUCCAUUUCACUUUUCUGACUGCCAAGUUCAAAUCCAUCAGACCCGCUGGUAUGGUCAUUGAACGAUCCUAUGAUUUUGGAAAAACAUGGAAGGUGUACAAAUACUUCUCAACCAAUUGCACUCGCUUGUUUCCUAACAUGACCAUCGGACAACGUUCUCACCACUGCGAUGAAAAACAAACAAAAAUGUUUCCAAGCUCAAAAGGAGAGAUCUACUUUGCUCCGAUCCAAAACAGCAGCCUCAAAAUUUAUAGCAAAGAAAUGCAGAAUCUCCUGAAAGUGACGAAUCUGAGGAUCAACUUCACGAAGCUUCAUUCACUUGAUGACCAGUUUUUGACGACGCAGUCAAACAUCAAGCACUUCUACGCCGUGUACCAGCUUACCAUCCAGGGAAGAUGUUCCUGCUACGGACAUGCAGACACGUGCAGUGGAGUGCCGGGCGAGAAAAACAAUAUUGACGGCAAGGUGCAUGCCAAGUGUGAGUGUGCCCACUUCACGACGGGUCACAACUGCGAACAGUGCAUGGACUUUUACAACAACCUGCCCUGGAGACCAGCCACCAAGGAUAAUUCCAACGCCUGCCAAAAAUGCAACUGCAACAUGCACUCGAUGAAAUGCCACUUCGACCCUGUCGUUUACGUCAUCUCCAACCUGACCAGUGGAGGGAUCUGCGAUGAUUGCCAGCACAACACUCAGGGGUACAACUGCGAGCAGUGCAAGCCCUUCUUCUACCACGACCCAGGCAGACCUAUCACUGAUCCAUACGCAUGUCAAAGUUGUAAUUGUGAUCCAAGAGGUUCCCUCUACAAAGGUGAGUGCGAGCCGAAAAAUAACUUUGUAUUGGACUUGGCAGCCGGUCACUGCCACUGCAAGGAAAAUGUCGAAGGGACCAGAUGUGACACGUGCAAGCAGGGAUUUGCCAAACUGAGCGACGAUCAUCCUUUAGGGUGUGAGGCCUGCGACUGUCAUCCAAUCGGAACAUCCAUAGAAGAAGGGACGUGCAAUCAAUUUACCGGUGAAUGCAAAUGCAAGCGAUUUGUUACAGGCAAACAAUGCGACAAGUGCCGGCCCGGAUAUUGGAACUUCGGCAAGCAACCACAGGGCUGCACCCCCUGCGAUUGUGACAUCGGUGGUGCUGCUGACUGGAAUUGCAACCAAAUGGAUGGAGGAUGCACCUGCAGGCCGAACAUCAUCGGACGCUACUGCAAUGAAGUGCCCUCCAAAUAUUUCGUGCCUGGUCUCGAUUAUUUGAUUUAUGAAGGAGAAUUCGCUGAUGGCAUUGGGAGGUAUGAAGUGGAAAAUAGAGAGAUAUAUGAAGGGGGCUACAAAUCGUGGACUGGCACGGGCUUCAUGAGAGUCUACGAAGGAUCUUCAAUAGAUUUUCACGUCAAAGGCAUUCCCUACUCAACCCACUAUGACGUCAUUGUCAGAUAUGAAACACCAGAUCAAGGUACAUGGCAUGAUGUGACGUUGUAUGUCAUGCGCUCAGAACCAACAAAACUGGGAACUCACUGCGGCAACGUCAUUCACACCGACCAGAAUGCUCCUGUCGAAAUUUCGGAUCGUUUCAGGCACUACAUUCUCAUCCACUCCACGUGUCUCGAGCAAGGAUCCGAACAUAAAAUCAGAAUUAAUUUUAACAAGUUUUCACCAUACGAAACAUCCCCCGAUAAAUUCGUCCUCGUUGAUUCUAUUGUGCUGGUUCCAUCCGCUGACCAGCACCCGACAAUGCAGUUCACGGAAUUGAACAACAUCAGGAAUGACUACGAGAGGUACGGAUGCAUCAACCACUACCUGUCACCAGCAUAUCAGUGGGAACUGCCAGCUGCCUGUAGAAAACUUAUUUUCAGUGCUUCGGCAUACAUCCACGAUGGCGCCCAAGCCUGUGAUUGUGACCCGGUCGGUUCUGAAGAUCCGGAGUGUGACGCCAUCGGUGGUCAGUGUCGCUGCAAGCCAAACGUCGUCGGACGAAGAUGUGACCAGUGUGAAUAUGCGCACUACGGUUUCGGACCUAAUGGAUGCUCUCGUUGUAAGUGCAACAUGAUUGGAUCAUUGGACAACAACUGUAACGUAACGACGGGUCAGUGCAAAUGCAUUCAGAAUGCUUACGGCUUGAGAUGCAGUGAAUGUCAGAGAGGCUUCUUCGGUUAUCCUCACUGUCGACCCUGCCAGUGCAACGGCAUGUCUGACGAUUGCGACGGGGAGACUGGUCAGUGCUUGGCCUGCAGAGACAACACAGGGGGACACAAUUGUGAAAGGUGUGCCGACGGCUACUACGGUGAUCCACGCACAGGAGGAUGCAAGCCCUGCAUGUGUCCAGGGGGAGCGGGAAGUGGCGCACAGCACGCCAGAACGUGCCACCAGGAUCCUUCGACUGGCACCGUCAUUUGCCACUGCGAUGAGGGUUAUUCAGGAUAUCAAUGCGAUCGAUGCACACAAAACUACUUUGGAGACCCUCUGAUCUCCGGCGGCACGUGCCAACAAUGCUUGUGCAACGGAAACAUCGACCUCUCCGUACCUGACAGCUGUGAUUCGACGACGGGAGAGUGUCUAAAAUGCCUCUACAACACCAUCGGAUACUCGUGCAACCGCUGCAGGCAGGGCUAUUACGGAGAUGCUGUGCAGAAAACGUGCAAACCAUGCGAGUGUAGCGCUCUGGGCACAAACAAGACUCUGGCGAAUGAUUGCGAUCACGUGACCGGCCAAUGUCAUUGCCUGCCGAACGUCGUAGCUAGGAAGUGUGACCAGUGUGAAAUAAACCAUUGGAGAUUGUACGGGGGGGAUGGGUGCAUUCCCUGCGACUGUGACCCCACUGGAUCGCUGAUGGAGCAGUGUGAUGUGUUCCAAGGUCAGUGUCCGUGCAAGACUGGAAGAGGAGGCAGGGACUGCAGUGAAUGUCCCGCAUACCACUGGGGCUCGCCCGCCAUCGGAUGCAAACCAUGUAGUUGUAAUCCGGACGGUUCCACCUCGAGGCAGUGUGACAAGCUGACUGGUCAGUGCAAGUGUCAGAAGGGAGUGACCGGUCUGAAGUGUGAUCGAUGUGAUAGAGGCACGACGGGACAGCUGCCACACUGCCAGCCCUGUGGCGAAUGUUUUGACAACUAUGAUGUCCUCAUCCAUGAUUUAGAAGGAGCCGUGAUAGAUGUGAACAAGCAAGUGUACGACAUGCGAUUGUCAGAGAAGAACAAGGCCUACAGAGCAGAGUUUAACGACAUCGAGGACGAUCUGAACGAUUUGGAUUACUUGGUUCAUCAUCUCAAUGCAUCUCACACGGAAAAAUUCAUUGCCGAAUGUGUUGAUGAGGAAUUCAAGAACAAAACGAAGGAGAUGGAGAAGAUGUUGAUCGCAAAAAGUGGCGACAACGAAGCACAUGAUCAUCAAUUCCAGACCCUCGUCGAAAAGUUCGUUCAGGUUAACCAAACUUUUGAAAAAGUGAAACACGAUAACAAUGAUCUGCUGGGAGAGGUGAAGUUUUUUGAAGAGAACGCAAUAUACGAACAAGAACAAAAUGUCGAAGGAGCUCACAAAAGUAUCUUGGAGAGUAUGAAUUCAGUGGAGGUGAUGGAGGCUAAGGUGCCGUCACUGAAGAAUCAAAUCAGUUGGUACGCUGGUGAGGUUCAAAAGAAGAAUGAAGGUCUCGAUCACUUUGAUGAUCAAAAGAAAGCUGACGCUGAAGAUGGCAACGACGACUACGAUGACGCCGCUGAAGUCGAUCAUAUGGCUGCCAUGGAAAAAGAAAUCAACAAGAUUAAGGAUCAAAUUUUGGACUUGAAUUUUGAGACGUGUGGAGGUCAGGGUAAAACUUGUGAUGACAAGUGUGGUGGAGCCAACUGCAAAACAUGCGGAGAUGACAAUGACCAUACAUGCACUGACGGUUCGGUCACUAAAUCUGUUGUUGCUUUUAAAAGUUUUAAAGAGUCUGAAGGUGUGUUAGGGCAGUUGGUCAAGCAGGCUAAUUCUUUGACACUCAAUUUAAGUCAAAUCAGCAAGAACUGCACAAAGUCGGAACAAGAAGUGAAAAAAUUGGCAGAAAGGUCUAAGCAGGCCAGAUCAGACUCGGAAUCGAAUCUGUCAAACAUCACUUCUCUACAAAACGAAGCCAAGGAAUUUAUGGAAAAAGAAAAGGAAUUGUCAGAUGACAUUAAAAAGGUGUACAACGACACGAUGUCCGUCAGUCUGGAGAUAUAUGAGCCACGUCUGAAGGAAUUAAGUGAACAAAUAAAAACAGCGGCCCAAAGUCUCGAAGAUGUUCGCCAAAUAACCGUCGAUACCAAACAGGACCAGGAAGCCAGCAGUAGAGCCGCUGUAGAAGCUUCUCGCGUUUUAAACGAUAGCAGACGCUUGCACGGAGAUUUAGAAAAAGGUUUGAAAGACAUGAAUGACUUAAUGGGAGUUGAUGAUUUGACAGCUAUGGUAGAAACUUUGACAAAUGAUUCAAUGAAAUUUAAAGAAGAUGUCAAUGCUUUGUUUGAUAAAAUGAGAGAACUGCGUGCCAAGUCUAGCAACUCGACACCGCGUGUGUACAACAUCAACGCUCGAUUGGAUAAAGUGAAGAAAUCAAUUGCCGAUAGGGAUUCUCUAAUAAAGUUGUUAAAUGAUAAGAGAUUACGAAUAGAAAAAAAGAAGGUGGAAGUUAAAAAGAGAUUGGAUGCAUACAACGAGUUAAACGACCAACUCACAGAAAAAUGGAAACUGUAUGACCAAAAUUUUGAAAUUAAUAAAAGCAGCACCAAAAAUUUAUUAAAUCGAACCGACGAGAUCAAGAAAAAUGUCUUUUCAAGCCGACAAGCUCUAGAAGUUGCAAGAGUUCACUUUGAUGAAUUCCAAAUGACGGCUAAGGAACACAACAAGCUCAUCAAAACAUUGCUUGAAAGAAUUCACAUUAUUCGUGACGAGAUCCAAACAAAAAGUAAAAUUCACUUCCUAUGUCGGUAAAUCAUUCCGACGCGACCAUCUGACACUCAGUACAGACAAUACAGUACUUUUGAAUUUCAAUAAUUUUAAAACAUGAUUUGCAAGAACAAUAUAUAUAUAUAUAUAUAUAUAUAUAUAUAUAUAUAUAUAUAUAUACAUAUAUAUAUAUAUAUAUAAUGUGCGCAAUCAUAUGUCAAAUAUUAUGAUUACAAUAAUUUUUUAAAAAUCGUUUUUAGAAACUUAAACCGAAGGCAUUUUUAAUGAAAUCCACGCUAUUGCUGAAAUUUUUGACAACUUUUACAUUACGUCAUCAUUAUUGUCAACGCAUCGUUCUAAGUGAGCUUUUGUUUCUACGCUUUGCUCCACAAAUUGUUUUUAUUUACCGAGGUUUUUUAAUUAAGACAAAUAUAUGAUCGUUCAUUUAACUGUCUGAUGUUACUGAUAAGUAAAUUUAAUUCGUUGAAGCAUUAGAUAAUUUGUGUGUACAUUUUUAUGGAAUAUAGAAAUGUAACGGCAAGAAUAGCUUUGUCUAAUUGCUAAGCUUCUGAAUUUCUGUAUGGCCGCAUUGCUGAGUUACCAAGCAUGCAUCUCUUCUUGUUCGAUGUUUCAAAGUGUCUGCGCUGCACUUUGUUUUCAAGGAGGACCAAUUGAAUGAUUUGUUAAAUUAUUUGUUACGCUUUGUUUUAUGGUUAGUUGGCUUUUGUGAAAAAUAUUCUAGUGUUCAAAUUUAAGAUCAAUAAAUUCACUGAAUACUUCGAUCUUUGCUUCGCCUUAACAUGAAAGAUAUUUUGAAAGAAUAAAAUAUACUGCAUGAACCUACUUAUAUUUUAAAGUAAAAUAUUAACAAUAUGUACCAGAAUAUCUUGAAUGAUUCAUUUUGUAAGAGACAAUGUGUUUUUAUACGUUUGCUACAAAUAAGCACAAACGAACAUUAUUAAUUAACAAUUAGUAACUAAAAAAUAAAUAGAAGAAAAAUAUUUUCAUAUCAGUAUUC